CCAUCUCCCACCUCCAACACACACACACCCUCACUUGUGUGCCUGCCUGGCUUGGUGGUUGUUCGUUCGGUCGGUCAGUGUUGUGGUCGGUUGUUUGGCGCACACGAGUGAGUGGGGAGAGUACUGGGAGAGGCCAACUGGAUCUCUCCUCGCGGGGCAUUUCAGGGUUAGUCUCUGAAGCCCUGUGUUCACCUGACUGCGCCUACUUGUCAUGUCUGAUAACGGUGAGCUGGAGGACAAACCCCCCGCCCCCCCUGUCAGAAUGAGCAGCACUAUCUUCAAGGACAACCAGUCGGCCAAUCACAGCUCCAAGCCUCUGCCCUCUGUGCCGGAGGAGAGGAAGUCCCGCAACAAGAUCAUCUCCAUAUUCUCGGAAAAAGGUGGACGGAAGAAAGACAAAGAUAAGGAGCGUCCGGAGAUUUCACCUCCCUCAGAUUUUGAACACACUAUUCAUGUCGGCUUCGAUGCGGUCACUGGCGAAUUUACAGGCAUGCCAGAGCAGUGGGCUCGACUGCUGCAGACCUCCAAUAUCACCAAGUCCGAGCAGAAGAAGAACCCACAGGCUGUGCUGGACGUUCUCAAGUUCUAUGACUCCGCUGGAGGCAAUGGCAGGCAAAAAUACCUCAGUUUCUCUUCCUCGGACAAAGAUGCACAGGCAAAGAAGGGCACAGAGCCUUCGCCGUCUAACAAAGACGAUGAUGAUGAUGACGAUGAUGAAGCGCCGCCUCCGAUUGUAGCACCACGUCCUGAGCACACCAGAUCAGUAUACACACGCUCCGUCAUAGACCCCAUCCCAGCGCCGGCCGCCAGCUCAGAUGAAGCCUCCAGAGGGGCCGACAGGCAGAAGGGCAAGAACAAGGGCAAGAUGACCGACGAGGAGAUUAUGGAGAAACUGAGGACCAUUGUCAGUAUUGGUGAUCCCAAGAAAAAAUACACAAGAUUUGAGAAAAUUGGACAAGGAGCAUCUGGCACUGUGUACACAGCCAUUGAUGUUGCUACGGGUCAGGAGGUGGCCAUCAAACAGAUCAACCUUCAGAAGCAGCCCAAGAAAGAGCUCAUUAUCAAUGAGAUUAUGGUGAUGAAGGAACUCAAGAACCCCAACAUUGUCAACUUUGUGGACAGUUUUCUGGUGGGUGAGGAGCUCUUUGUGGUGAUGGAAUAUCUCGCCGGCGGCUCGCUGACGGAUGUGGUGACGGAGACCUGCAUGGACGAGGCUCAGAUCGCUGCGGUCUGCAGAGAGUGUUUACAAGCACUGGAGUUCCUGCAUGCCAACCAGGUCAUCCAUCGAGACAUCAAGAGUGACAAUGUGCUGCUGGGAAUGGAUGGAUCCGUCAAAUUGACUGAUUUUGGCUUCUGCGCCCAGAUCACGCCAGAGCAGAGUAAGCGCAGCACCAUGGUGGGCACGCCGUACUGGAUGGCUCCCGAAGUGGUGACCCGGAAGGCCUACGGGCCCAAGGUGGACAUCUGGUCCCUGGGCAUCAUGGCCAUUGAGAUGGUGGAGGGCGAGCCUCCAUACCUCAAUGAAAACCCGCUCAGAGCGCUGUACCUGAUUGCCACUAACGGCACUCCGGAGCUGCAGAACCCAGAGAAGCUGUCUCCCGUCUUCCGGGACUUCCUGAACCGCUGCCUGGAGAUGGACGUGGAGAAGAGAGGAGGAGGCAAAGAGCUCCUGCAGCAUCCCUUCCUGAAGCUGGCCAAGCCUCUGUCCAGCCUCACUCCGCUCAUUCUCGCCGCCAAGGAGGCCAUGAAGAGCAAUCGCUAGCCUUACGCCGAUGCCAGUACUCAAGUGACCUUGUCUACUACAUUAAGAGAACAUCGGACUGUUUUCCCCUCUUGGCCCAAUGAACUCGCACAUAACUUGUUAUCUUUGCCAAACUGUCUGGUCACAGCGCACCAUGGUUAGCUGUACAGGGAAAGGGCCAUCUCACAGUCUUCAUUGUUGAUCUGAUGAGUAUUUUUGACCAUUCAUGGGAAUGGAACAAUGUAAUGUGAUGUAACAAUGUUUGUGUUUUGUUGGCGAUAUCGUUGUUGCCUGGCUUCACUAAGCCAUAAUUCUCUUUCUGUCUUUCUCUCUCUCUCUCUCUCUUCUCUCACUCUCAGUUUCUUUCUUCCUAUCCCAGGUAUACAUGAUACUUGAAAUCUGAUAGUCCUGUCCCAAUGAAUCUCUCACCCUGUGCUGACUACCUAUUUGCCUUUUCUUGUCUUAAAAUAUUUUUAACAAAGCGGAAAAUUGCUGUAUUGAAUGAAAUGUGUCAUUAACAGAGUUGGAGAAGUGAAAAAUAACUUUCAAAGUUUUGUUUUAAAUGUAUUAAAUCCUUUUGUAUAUUAUGUACUUUGAAUAGCAAAUAUAAAAGCAAAAGCAACACAAGACAUCAGGACAUUUUUGACUAGCUAUUUGAUAUUUAUGUGUAUGUAUACUGUGUUUUAUAUUUUUAACUAACAACCUGACAGAAUAUCCCAAUUUGAUUUAUUUCAACAGUCUCAGCCAAUGAUUUACUGUAUGUCUAUGUAUGUGAAGCCUGAUUUGUUUCUUAAGUAAAACAUCUAUACAUAUCAGUGGAAAUGUGUUCAACAAGACAUUCCAGUUACACAAACUUGUAAAAAUGCCCAAAGUUAUAAAGUGGUGAAACAAAAUUGAGUCCAUAAUUUAUGAGUAAAGUUUGACCAUGAAUCAAA